UUAGCGCUUGCCGUAGGCGCGGAUAAACCUCGAUACAAAGCGGCGGGAGAGCGGUGGUUAUAUACUCAAAUUUAAUUUAAGAUAACCACACCGAACAUAUUUACUUAGGUCGUGUGCAUUUAGUCAUACAGAUAAGGCUUAAGUUGAGUAAAACCACUACAAUACUGUUAAAGCUUCUCUUAACUGUGUUGUUGUAGUGUUGCUUUUAAAGUAUUCCCCGGGAAACUGCUUUGCGCGUUUGUUUUUGCCCCCCCUCCCCUCCUCCUUUUUUUUUUUUUUUUUUUUUAGCGCUCUAGCAACAAUGGCGAAGGUACAGGUGUUAAAUGUGGCUGUCCUGGAUAACCCGAGUCCCUUUGGAAACCCUUUUCAGUUCGAAAUAACAUUUGAGUGUAUGGAAGACCUCCCUGAAGACCUGGAAUGGAAGAUCAUCUACGUUGGUUCAGCAGAGAGCGAAGAGUACGAUCAAGUCCUCGACUCUGUCUUGGUCGGCCCAGUACCUGCUGGGAGACAUAUGUUUGUGUUUCAGGCUGAUGCCCCAAACACUGGAUUGAUUCCUGAAAGUGAUGCUGUUGGUGUAACGGUGGUACUGAUUACUUGCACAUACCGUGGCCAGGAGUUCAUUCGCAUCGGUUACUACGUGAACAAUGAGUACACAGACCCCGAGCUUCGCGAAAAUCCACCCAUCAAGCCAGACUACACACAGCUGCAGAGAAAUAUUCUGGCAUCAAACCCACGUGUUACCAGAUUCCAUAUAAACUGGGAAGGCUGCGCAGAGCGAAUGGAAGAUUGUGAAAAUGUGGAUCCCACAUCAAACUCCAUGCUCCCUCCAUCCUGUCUCCCAGGAAAAGCCCCACCCUUGGGGAUACUACCAGACAACUCAAUGGACUGCUUAUAGAGAAGACCCCUGAGUGAAAGGUGAUGACUCACAGCCAAGACCUAAUUUGUGAAGAAUGCCUGUGGACAUUCUAGUGUGGAUAUUUGCCUUACAGCUGCCCAUAUUUCCCUGAAGCUUGUUGUAAAAAAAAAAAAAAAAAAGAAAAAGAACUGUCGCGUUGGGCUUCAGAUGAGUGUUUAUUUCAAGGAUUAUGAACAUCUCACUGGAACAGUUGACCCUGAUAGAUGGGGAGUUCCUUCCCAUGAAGCAAUAUUGAAGUAGUUUAACUCAUGGAAGGGAAAACGUUAACUAUGACAUGCAGCUGAACUGAAACAGAACAGAAAACUGUUGUGAUUCACGUUCCUUCCUUUUGUUUGUGCAGAACGGAUUUGUACCCACUUAAGAGGAUUUCAGCACUGAAGCAAUAGGCAAAUAAACUGCAAUAUUUUGCUGUUCAGGAAUUUGAUAAUCUGCCAUUAUGUUUCUGUUCAAGUUCCUUUUGCACUUAUUUGGAUGGGCUUUUUUUGGGCUAUAUCACUUCAUUCAUGUUUUUAUUUUUCUGUUUGCUAUUUUGGGUUCCAAAUAAAAGAACAUUGUAUUUGUUAUGUACUUGUGUAUGAAUGACUGUGUGAUAUUGAGAGCCAUGUCCGUCCUCAUUACUUGUCUUAUUUUGUGUCAUUUGUUUGACAAUAUUGAUAACAGAAACAAUAAACCACUUUUUAAUGAGACUAAUACAUU